AUGUUAGUAUUUGUAAUAUUUACAAAUUCAUUGCUGUAUUUGGAGCGAUAUCAGACUGAAUAUUUCCAGCUGGACACGGAUGCUUAUUUUGAAGAUGCUAAAGAUUUAAAGUAUCCUGUCAAAGUACAGCCGUAUUUGCUCCGACUUAUAAAUGCGUCAAAUCCGAGUGAUCCAUUAACCAUAAGUGCGCCAUAUGUUAUUGAGAACCGUCAUCUUUGCCGUUCUGUGAAGAAUCUUACGGUGCUUGUUGUAGUUAAUUCAGCGACAGACCAUUUUGAACAGAGACAGAGUAUAAGAGCAACUUGGACAAACGACACGUAUUACUCGUAUUUAACAACAGUCAGAGUUGUGUUUCUUGUCGGCAGAACUGUGAGUCACGUUGUCCAAUCUGCGCUUGAAAUGGAGUUCGAAAAGUAUAAGGAUAUUGUACAAGGAAAUUUUAUAGAUUCCUAUACCAACAUAAAGGUGUGA